AUGUUGGAAAAAAGGGCUGAUGAUGGCUCAGUCACGAUGGAGUUGCAGAACGCGCAGUCUUUCUACGAGGUCGAGGUCCAGAUAGGGUCCAAUAACCAGACGUUGGGGGUUCUGGUCGACACCGGUUCCUCGGACAUGUGGGUGAUGAACUCGAAUAACUCUUACUGUUCCUCCUCCAGCAGUAAAAAGGUGAAACGGGCCGGCUCGGCAGAUGUGCCAAAAAGAGGACGUGAUCUUUCCAGCUUGUACAAUUUCAACUCUCGAAAGGACGAUAACAACGCAAAAGCACUGCUUGGUGGCUGGGGAGACAUGACCACCACAGAGAUCGCAACCCAGGACGAGACUCAGACGGCUUCCGCUGCGCAGGCCACCCUUGACUGCUCGCAGUACGGAACGUUCGAUCCUUCUGAGUCCACGUCGUUCCACAACAACGGAACCACGUUUGAGAUCUCGUAUCAGGACAACUCGUUUGCUUAUGGAACCUGGGGCUACGACGACGUCACUUUCAACGGGGUCACCGUCAACGAUCUCUCGCUGGCCGUGGCCGACGAAACGAAUUCCGAAAUGGGUGUUCUGGGGAUUGGAUUUAGAGAAUUGGAAACCACAUACUCAGGAGGCGGCUCGCAGCAUUACGUUUACGACAACCUGCCCUUCAAAAUGGUUGAUCAGGGACUCGUCGGAAGAGCCGCUUACUCUGUCUAUCUGAAUUCCUCUGAUGCCAGCACCGCUUCGAUCCUCUUUGGGGCGGUCGACCACAGCAAAUACAGUGGAGACCUUGUUCUGGUUCCUAUCAUCAACUCGGCUGUUUCUCUCGGCUACCAGAAACCAAUCAAGCUCGAAAUCACCCUGUCUGCCAUCACAGUCAGCAACUCCAACGGACAGCAAGCCAGCAUUGGCUCAGGUGCUGCCGCUGCUCUUUUCGAUACCGGAACGACUCUGACUUAUGCUCCAAGCGACAUCAUCGAGCAGAUCGCCGAGAGCCUCGAUUUCGACUACAGCAGCUCUGUCGGGGCCUACGUGGCGAAAUGCAGCUCUGUCGAGAGCUACUCUAUCAACUUCGACUUCCAAGGUAAAGUAAUAGAGGCUCCUUUGAGUUCCUUCCUUGUUGCUCUGCAAACCACCUCCGGACAGAUUUCCUCCUACUGCGCAUUGGGUAUUUUCUCCUCCGGAGACGAAUCCUUUACGCUCGGAGACUCUUUCCUGCAAAACGUCUACUUUGUGGCUGACCUCGAGGGAUACCAAAUGGCUAUAGCCGACGUAAACCUGAGUCCUGGAGACGAGCAAAUUGAGGCCAUUUCAGGCGACUCUAUUCCGUCCGCUUCGUCGGUUUCCGAUUACUCCAGCACCUGGGGCGCCUCUGCCACCGCUCUGGAUACCGGCAAAUCUACCUCUCUGGGAUCGGUGACUGCAGUGACCACCGGAAAAGUGACCUCGUCUAUGAAAGCAGAGUCGGGUGUGGCAACAGACACUUCGGCCGGGUCUGGGUCAACGUCGUCGUCUUCCGGCUCCAGCUCGGGCUCCAGCAAAGCCUCGAAGGCGGUGAGUUUCAGUUUCGGUGCCGUUUUGUGCGCAUUCGUGGUUUCUGUACUAGUUAUUGGCUAG